CACAAAGAAGGAAAGAAAGAAAAAGUGCGAGGGAAUUGUGUAAAAAUAAAAAAAAUACAUGAUGACAGAAGUCAGAUUAAAUAUAUAUGAAGAUGAUGAUUCAGAACAGGUUCUAUUAUAUUCAACAGCAGCAGCACCAGAAAUGAUAAUCUGCAGAAUUUGUCACGAGGCAGAGGAUCAGUUGGAAAAUUCAACAUUAGAAUCUCCAUGCUCAUGUUCUGGUACCGUUAAGUAUGCACACAGAGAUUGUGUACAAAGAUGGUGUGAUGAGAAAGGAAACACUAAUUGCGAAAUAUGUCUUCAGAAAUUUGAACCGGGAUAUUCAGCCCCACCCCCUAAAAAAGACGUCCACACGAUUCGAGGAAGUUUGGAGGUUCCGAGAGCAGACGAAGAUUUGGAAACGACGGUCAUUACUGAAGAUGAAAGUUUGGCUGAAAGAGAACAUGAGGAGUGCUCAUCUGCAGCUGACACAACGGCUUCUAUUUUUCGAACUUUGGCUCUCAUUUUUACGGUACUUUUACUAAUCAGACAUUUUAUUGGAGUGCUAAUCGGCGAAACAGGAGAUUACCCAUUUACCCUCCUAACAUUACUACUUAUAAAAGCUUGUGGGAUAUUGCUUCCAAUGUACAUAAUAAUGCGGGUGAUCGAUGUGGUCCAUAACAGCAUCACACGUCCACAUCAGGAUUCAGAGAAUGCUACAUUGCAAAGGACGUUUAACUUAUAAUUGAUAUGCACAACCAACAAGUUUCCAGCUUGAUUGAUAUUCAAGAAUUCUUUACAUUCUUUUUCCAAUGGGUUAAAGUAAAAGAAGAUAUCAAUUGUACCUUCAUUUGUACUAGUUGAUAGCUGUAUAUUGAUGUUCUCCUUUCUUUGUGCAAGAUGAUAAUCAUUAUUAAUUGUAAAGAUAAAAGAGAAUCAGUGUAGACCUUGUUUCAAGCUAAAAAAUCAAUGUACAUCUUCGAAGUA